GUGAAUUUGGACCUGACUACAUUUCACCGUCGCUGUCUCUCUGGUUCUAGACUUUCAACUUUUCUGGGAUUCUGGGAAACGUAGUUUAUGAUAUAAGUUAAGUUUCAGGGGGCAGAUGUCUCUACACAGAAACAUUACACUACCUCCUUUAAACCAAACAGAAGAACGGGGAUCCAUGAAUAGCAGAGUUCAACAGAAAAACUCUGAAGGAAUUCAUGACAGUCCUGCUGAUUUUGAUGUGGAAGGACAACUCACUACAAAGUUGUGUUGGUCUGGAAGCAGCUACCUGUACGCAGGUCCAGGUAGAAAACCUGAGCUUCUGAGGCAGCUGGAGCGCCAUGUGAACGAGGAACUGUGUGCGAUCAGCUCUCAGGAGCCAAAGUUUGAGGAACUAAGGUUGCAGGUGUAUCGCAAUGUUUUUGAUCAAUUCAUCAGUGCAUUCACAACCUACCAGCCACUUCUGUGCACCAUCAAAAAGGAAUAUGACAAUAUUAUCGUGGAUCAACAGGAUCAAAUCCAGAAAUUAGCUCCUCUCCAGUCCCAGCUGAGGCUCGUGACAGAGGAAUGCGAGAGGAAGAUUCGAGCACAAUGGAAAGAGCAGCAUACUGAGAUUGAAACUUUGAAAAGAGAGAAGCAGCAGCUGCAGAGGGAUGCCCAGUCCAUGAAGGAGGCAGAAAAGAACACGCAGACAGUGGUGGACCGUCUGCGGUCAGAGCUUUCCCAGCAGUAUCUGCAAUACCGUGAGGAGCAUGACGCUCGGCAGCUGCUGAUCCGACAGCUCAAUGACUUAACCAGAGCUUCUGUGAUGAACAAGCGUCCUGCAGUUCAAAAUAAAGAUUUUCAGGAGCUACAGCGGGAACUCGAGGCGUGUCGUGAGGAGCUCAGAAAUAUGAAAGCAGAGUAUCGAGAUGCUGUUCCACAACACGACUGGGAUACCCUGCAACAAACCCACCAGAGGACUGUCCUGCAGCUGAAGACUCUGCAGGGUGACUUCAAGUUAAUUAAGAGUGAGUACGACAUCCUCCUGGAGCUCCACAAAAGUAGCAACUUGCAGCCCAAGGACCAGGUGUCAACCUCUAUGCAGACAGAGGAAAAUGUGGAGGAAGAACCAGAAACCAAACCUGAACAGCUCCACAAGCUGAUCAACCUUUGUGACCCCAAGGAGGAGCCAGCUCAUGAGUCCAAGUAGCAUAGAUAUAUUCUAAAAUACACAGUAUGCUUCAGAGGGGCUGGAAAUCUGUGCCAUCCUUUAUGCUAUUGUUUUUGAUUGUUUUUUUUUUUAAUUUCUUCAGAAUCUCUUUUUCAUCCACAAGUCUUGUAUCAUACAUACAGUUUACCAUAUAUUUCUAUUCAGCACAACUUGGAAGUAUUUAAUAAAAUUACAUGAAAACUUG